AUGGUGAGGACUCUGCAUCUGAGGACUCUGCUGGUUCCGCGCUGCGAUUCCUCCGUGACCCUGCCCUUCUCUGUCCUUCUCGAGAGAUAUUGUGAGGCGCUGUCUGCCAAUUACAACGUGACAGGUCCUUACUGCAAUGCUACCACCGAUCAGAUUGGAACCUGCUGGCCCAAGACCAUCGCUGGAGAACUGGUAGAGAGACCAUGUCCAGAGUUCAUCAAUGGAGUCAAAUACAAUACCACCAGAAAUGCUUACCGAGAAUGCAUGGGAAAUGGGACCUGGGCCUUCAAGGCUAACUACUCACAGUGUGAGCCUAUUCUGGAUGAAGAGACAAAACCUGUUCUCCACUACAAGGUUGCGAUUAUCAUCAACUACUUGGGGCACUGCAUAUCUGUUGGCGCUCUCAUCGUGGCCUUCUUGCUGUUCCUUUGCUUGAGGAGCAUCCGAUGCCUUCGCAAUAUCAUCCACUGGAACCUGAUCACGACCUUCAUCCUGAGGAAUGUGAUGUGGUUCGUCCUCCAGUUGAUUGACCACAACAUCCACGAAAGCAACGAGCUGUGGUGUCGGUGUAUCACGACGAUCUUCAAUUACUUUGUGGUGACCAACUUCUUUUGGAUGUUUGUGGAAGGCUGCUACCUCCACACGGCCAUUGUGAUGACCUACUCGACGGACAAGCUGAGGAAAUGGAUCUUCCUCUUCAUAGGAUGGUGUAUUCCUUGCCCGAUCAUCAUCGCUUGGGCUGUCUGUAAGCUACAUUACGAAGACGAACUAUGCUGGUUUGGAAAAGAACCAGGGAAGUACAUCGACUACAUCUAUCAAGGACCCGUCAUUCUUGUUCUGCUGAUAAAUUUUGUAUUUCUGUUUAACAUCGUUAGGAUUUUAAUGACGAAACUGAGAGCAUCGACCACUUCAGAAACAAUACAGUACAGGAAGGCCGUCAAAGCGACGUUAGUUCUUCUGCCUCUUCUAGGGAUUACCUACAUGCUCUUCUUUGUCAACCCUGGGGACGAUGAUAUUUCCCAGAUAUUUUUCAUCUACUUUAAUUCCUUCUUACAGUCUUUUCAGGGUUUUUUUGUGUCUGUGUUUUACUGCUUCUUAAAUGGCGAGGUACGUUCCGCAGCCAGGAAAAGGUGGCAUCGCUGGCAGGACCACCACUCCCUGCGCGUACGGGUUACCCGGGCCAUGUCCAUCCCCACUUCUCCAACGAGGAUUAGCUUUCACAGUAUGAAACAGACAGCGGCUGUGUGACCCGGCCUG